CUACACCACUUCAAAUCGUACGGUCUGUUUGUGUUUCUCUGUACACCCAACGCUGAGACACUCUACGCCCACCACUCGUCGCUGUUGGAUUUGCCUGUGUUCAACCGAGUGUGCGGUAUCCCCUUCAACUCACUGGAUUUGGCGGAGGUCGACAUUGACGAGUCGCAGCGUCACCAUAGCAACGACAGCGCUGGCGACAGCGGUUGUCAUGGCAACCCGGACACCGCGAGUAGGAAGGCCAGCGCCAAAGCGGGAUCCAAAGCGGGAUCAGAGGGCGGUCUGCUACCGCCCACCACCGCCACGGGCAAAAGCUCCAGUACACAGACAGAUACAAAGGCACACGCGCCCCCUGGUGACACACUCACACAACAACACAGACCAACAGCUGAACCACGUGACACUAUGGGGAAUACGCCCAUGCGCCAACCCACCAGCCCAAGGAGACAGCCCAUUGGUGUAGAGGCCAAUGGGACACUGUCCCCUGGGUUCCUGCCCAUACCCAGCAAGUACGUGUCUGCGGGUUAUGUAUGUAUGUAG